UACGCGACAACGCUUUUGUAAUAGGCGCGCAGACAAGUGUGUUUAUUUUUCCGUGUCCGCUGCAAGUUUGGCUGUGUUUCAGCCCCAAAAACACAACUGCAGCGGAACUUAUAUUAAAAAAAUAGUCAUAUUUAUCGAGUGUAAAUGCGUUUGUUUGCAGUUUCGGUGUAGCUAGUUUGAUAUUUGUUUAUAUAUAAGCCGUGCUAAUGGCAGUGUUAGCAUUUUAGCUAACUGGCUAAGCUAGCAAGGGAGCUAGAAAUUCGUAACGGUGUUUUUUUUUUAAUGUUGUUCUCGCGUUUUUUCUUUGAAUUUUGGUAUUUAAAUCGCAUUUUAGUACAGUAAAAUGGGUUAUUUAAAGUUAAUCGAGAUAGAAAAUUUCAAAUCGUACAAAGGAAGACAGAUAAUCGGGCCUUUUCACAAGUUUACUGCGAUUAUUGGACCGAAUGGAUCAGGGAAGUCGAACCUCAUGGACGCCAUCAGCUUUGUGCUGGCGGAGAAAACCAGCAACCUGCGUGUGAAAACGCUGAAAGAUCUGAUUCACGGCGCCCCGGUGGGGAAACCCGCGGCUAACCGGGCCUUCGUUAGCAUGGUGUACCAGGAGGACAACGGCGAAGAGCGCUCCUUCACCAGAGUCAUCAUCGGAUCCUCGUCGGAGUACCGCAUUAAUAGUAAAGUCGUGGGGUUGCCCGAGUACAGUGAGGAGCUGGAGAAACUCGGAAUUCUCAUCAAAGCCAGGAACUUCCUGGUCUUUCAGGGUGCAGUGGAGUCCAUCGCCAUGAAGAACCCUAAGGAGCGAACAGCCCUGUUCGAGGAGAUCUCUCGCUCCGGUGAGCUGGCUCAGGAGUACGACCGGCGCAAGAAGGAGAUGGUGAAGGCUGAGGAGGACACGCAGUUCAACUACCACCGCAAGAAGAACAUCGCAGCUGAGCGCAAAGAGGCCAAGCAGGAGAAAGAAGAGGCCGAGCGCUACCAGAGGCUAAAGGACGAAGUCGUGCGUGCGAACGUCCAGCUACAGCUCUUCAAGCUCUACCACAACGAGUGCGAGAUAGAGAAACUGAACCGCGAGCUGGCGCAGCGCAACAAAGAGAUCGACAAAGACCGCAAGCGCAUGGACCGUGUGGAGGAGGAGCUGAAGGAGAAGAAGAAGGAGCUCGGCCGGAUGAUGAGGGAUCAGCAGACCGUCGAGAAAGAGAUCAAAGAAAAGGACGCAGAGCUAAACCAGAAAAGGCCGCAGUACAUCAAGGCGAAAGAAAACACGGCUCACAAGAUCAAGAAGCUGGAGGCUGCACGGAAAUCCCUGCAGAACGCCCAGAAGUGCUACAAGAAGCGCAAGGCGGAUAUGGACGAGCUGGAGCGCGAGCAGAGAGCCGUGGAGACGGCCAGGCAGGAGUUCGAGGAGCGCAUGGAGGAGGAGGCGCAGAGCCAGGGCCAGGACCUGCAGCUCGAAGAGAACCAGGUUAAAGCGUAUCACCGUCUGAAAGAAGAGGCUAGCAAGCGAGCCGCUACUCUGGCCCAGGAGUUGGAGAAGUUUAACCGCGAUCAGAAAGCUGACCAGGACCGCCUAGACCUGGAGGAGAGGAAGAAAGUGGAGACGGAGGCUAAGAUCAAGCAGAAGAUCCGAGAGAUCGAGGAGAACCAGAAGCGUAUCGAGAAGCUCGAGGAUUACAUCACUACCAGCAGACAGUCUCUAGAUGAACAGAAGAGGAUGGAGGAGGAGCUCACAGAGGAGGUGGAGCAAGCCAAGAGGAGGAUCGAUGAGAUUAAUAUGGAGCUUAACCAGGUGAUGGAGCAGCUCGGUGACGCUCGUAUAGACCGACAGGAGAACAGCAGGCAGCAGCGCAAAGCCGAGAUCAUGGAGAGCAUCAAGAGACUCUAUCCCGGAUCAGUGUAUGGAAGGCUCAUAGACCUGUGCCAGCCCACUCAGAAAAAGUACCAGAUCGCCGUAACCAAAGUUCUGGGCAAAAACAUGGACGCCAUCAUCGUGGACUCGGAGAAGACCGGACGUGACUGCAUCCAGUACAUCAAAGAGCAGAGAGGAGAACCUGAAACCUUCUUACCUCUGGACUAUCUCGAGGUCAAACCCACGGACGAGAAGCUGCGUGAGCUGCGCGGUGCCAAGCUGGUGAUCGACGUCAUUCGCUACGAGCCUCCACAGAUCAAGAAAGCUCUGCAGUACGCCUGCGGGAACGCGCUCGUGUGCGAGAACGUAGAGGACGCCCGCCGGAUCGCUUUCGGAGGACCGUACAGGCACAAGACCGUGGCUCUAGACGGAACACUGUUCCAGAAGUCCGGUGUGAUCUCUGGAGGCGCGAGUGACCUGAAGGCCAAAGCUCGCCGCUGGGACGAAAAAGCCGUGGACAAGCUGAAGGACAGGAAGGAAAAACUCACCGACGAGCUCAAGGAGCAAAUGAAGGCGAAAAGAAAGGAGGCGGAGCUUCGUCAGGUGCAGUCUCAGGCUCACGGGCUGCAGAUGAGGCUGAAGUACUCUCAGAGCGAUCUCGAGCAGACCAAAACUCGCCAUCUGUCCUUAAAUAUGCAGGAAAAAUCCAAGCUAGAGAGCGAGCUGGCCAACUUUGGGCCCCGUAUCAACGACAUCAAGAGGAUCAUCCAAUCACGUGAGAGAGAAAUGAAGGAGCUCAAAGACCGCAUGAACUUGGUGGAGGACGAAGUGUUCUUGGAGUUCUGCAAGGAGAUCGGAGUGAGGAACAUCCGUGAGUUUGAGGAGGAGAAAGUGAAACGGCAGAAUGAGAUCGCAAAGAAGCGCUUGGAGUUUGAGACCCAGAAGACUCGCCUAGCGAUCCAGCUGGAUUACGAGAAGAACCAGCUGAAGGAGGACCAGGAGAAGGUCAUCAUGUGGGAGCAGACGGUGAAGAAGGACGAGAGCGAGAUCGAAAGACUAAAGAAGGAAGAGCAGAGGCACAUGAAGAUCAUCGAUGAGACCAUGGCUCAGCUUCAGGACUUGAAGAAUCAGCACCUCACCAAGAAGUCGGAGGUCAACGACAAAAACCACGAAAUGGAAGAAAUCCGUAAGAAACUCGGUGGAGCCAACAAAGAGCUGACGCAGCUUCAGAAGGAGGUCACGGCCAUUGAGACGAAGCUGGAGCAGAAGCGCAGCGACAGACACAACCUGCUGCAGGCCUGUAAAAUGCAGGACAUCAAACUUCCUCUCAGAUCAGGAACCAUGGACGACAUCAGCCAGGAGGAGGGAAGUUCUCAGGAAGAAAGUCUGAGCAGCAGCCAGAAAACAUCCAGCACCGUUUUAGCCAAAGAGGCUCUCAUCGAGAUCGACUACAGCAGCCUGUCUGAAGACCUGAAGGACUCUCUGUCGGAGGAUGAGAUCAAAGGCGAGAUGAACACCCUUCAGCAGAGGCUUAACGAGCAGCAGAGCAUCCUCCAGAGGAUCAGCGCUCCCAACAUGAAGGCCAUGGAGAAGCUGGAGAGCGUCCGAGACAAAUUCCAGGAGACGAGUGACGAAUUCGAAGCCGCUAGGAAGAGAGCAAAGAAAGCCAAGCAGGCUUUCGAGCAGAUCAAGAAGGAGCGGUUCGAUCGCUUCAACGCCUGCUUCGAGUCCGUCGCCACCAACAUCGACGAGAUCUACAAAGCACUCUCGCGCAACAGCAGCGCUCAGGCUUUCCUCGGACCGGAGAACCCGGAGGAGCCGUACCUGGACGGGAUCAACUAUAACUGCGUGGCUCCUGGGAAACGUUUCAGACCCAUGGAUAAUUUAUCAGGAGGAGAGAAGACCGUCGCCGCUCUCGCUUUACUCUUCGCCAUUCACAGCUAUAAACCUGCUCCUUUCUUCGUGCUCGACGAAAUCGACGCGGCUCUGGACAACACCAACAUCGGCAAGGUCGCUAACUACAUUAAAGACCAGUCCGUCCAGAACUUCCAAGCCAUCGUCAUCUCGCUGAAGGAGGAGUUUUACACCAAGGCUGACUCGCUCAUCGGCGUGUAUCCCGAGCAAGGAGACUGCGUGAUCAGUAAGGUCCUGACCUUUGACCUCUCCCAGUAUCCAGACGCAAACCCUAACCCUAACGAGUAAAGAAGCUCACACGUUCCCAAACACAAGCCGGGUUUGAAUUUCACCUCGGCCCGUUGUGUUUAAAUGGUUUUUGUUUUUUUUUCCUGGUCACUUAUUCCUCUUAUAUAGUCGUAUAAAAUAUUCGUGAUAUUUCUGAUGUCGUUACAUUCGUUUUUGGGAUUUUUUUUUUGCGUUUUAGCAGUAAUCAUGUUGAGAGUUGCACUCGCUUUUUUGCCAUUUUUACCGACGUACAUCUUUAAUCAUGAUCGUUAUGAUGGAUUUGUAUUAAAUUAGCGAUCUUCCACCCGUCACAUGACCCCUUUUUUGUACGAUCAUGUUUUUCAGUAUGAAUUAAAACCUUGGCGCUUCAGGAUUUUUAGCUGUGCUUUAUAUGUUUAGAUGUUUCUUCUUAAACUAAAGUGUAAAAUUAUUGUUGGGGGGGGGGGGGGGUUUCGGUUUUUUUUUUGUUUUUUUGUUUUUUUUUUGGACAAUAAACUGUUUAAUAAUCCGAGUAAGACCUUUUGUGCUCGCUUUAAACCUUAAGAUCAGAGAUCUGAUUUUUAAAGGAGUUUGUUUUAAACGAUGUUAUUAAAGUUGUGCAUAAUUGUUGUAGCUACGUUUAUUCAAGUUAAGCCUACCGCACGUGUUAAUAACUCAAAUUAGCAAGAAUAUUCACCGUACAGCUGGUUUGAGUUUAGCCACGCCUACAAAACUCCAUAAAAAGCAAAGCUCAGAGAGGGUUUAACAUGAAAAAAUGGCAACUAAACCGUGGAAGAGGGCCGCGCUAAAGCUCCCAGUUUACCACACCGUAGACGCACAAUAACUCCUCCUCCUUUUAUAGGGUGCCGUUAUUUUUGUCCUAAUCGAAUAGCUAGUCUUAUUACGGAUUUUUUUUGGAAUCGAGUAACUCAUCGACAACUAGAAGAUACGAUACGAAACGUAGGAUACGAUCGGGUUUUUCCCCCCGGAGUAACUGGAUUUUCAAUAACACUACGUGAAUAUUUCUUGUGCUGCUGUGAAAGAUUUACGACGUACACACACACACACACACACACACACACACACACACACACACACACACCCCCUUCCUUCUACAGAACAUUGGACAUAUAAGAUGUCAAGCUUAUAUCAAGCUUUCACAGCACGUUAUGUUGCUGACUUCAGGAAUAGAGCGAAGAUUUAAAAAUAGCUCCGCUUGUGAAAUUUGAACGGUUUAUGAUUGCGUCAGUGAUGCCCCCGGGGUUUGUGGGUAAUCUAGGAAACCAUAAACUAAAGCGAAUUAACAUGUCGACGGCAGAGGUUUAAAAUAAACAUUGGAAUUUUAUUACAAGCUAAAUCUCGGACGUUAUCAAAGAUCAUGUGUUUAAUUCUAAAGAUUAAUAUGCGGGGUCGUUCAGGGCGGAGAGAUACUAUGGUGUUGAAGUUUAUUUGUUGUUAAAAGUGUUCACUUUAACUUUGGUUGUAGUAUUAGGGAUUUACACGUGUCAAAGGGCAAAGGUCAGUCCUGUGACAGAGGCACGGGAUGAUCAGGUUCUAUACUGCAUCAACAAAACGGCGUAAGAAAUCUCAUUUUUCGUUCAGUUUCAAUUUGGUGUUUGUUUAAACCCCGAUGGAGCUAUAAAUCAGCCAUUUUCUCCAAUC